CGCGCAGAUUAUGUCUAUCUCUUAUCAUUGUAACACAAUAAGUGCACAUUUAUUCGUGAGAGUGGUUCUGUCUGAAUAAUUAAUGGUAUGGCCACCAUAAUUUGUUUGCUCCUUUGCUUGUCAGCAUUUGUACCGUCUUCAAGUUGCCCUGACGGAUGGACGCCAUUCCGAGGUUCAUGCUACUUGUUUGAACAUGGGGGAAAACUGUCUUUUCUUGAGGCCGAGCUAUACUGCAAUCAACACGGUGGACAUCUCGUGCACAUAGAUAAUCAAGCCGAAAGUUUGUUUAUAAAGGAUCAUCUGACAUCCAGUAAAGCUGGGAGGACAUGGAUAGGUCUGACAGAUGACGAUGUAGAGGGCUUGUGGCAGUGGUACGGUACAGACAUAUCGCCUUCGUUUACUGACUGGUUCCCUGGGGAUCCGAAUUCAAAGAAUGGUGAUGAGGACUGUGUUGCUCUCAAGUCUGAACACCAUCAGUGGUACGAUGCCCCAUGUUCGACGCUGAAAACACCCUUGUGUGAGAGGACCGCAUACGUUGAUGUUAUUGGCUGAGCUUUGCAUUGAUUGCUAUACUUUAUGAAAUGGUUAUUAAAAUUACGAUAUUGCACCGCAAAGUAA